CUGCCGCCUCCGCCGCCGCCGCCCUUUUCUCUCGGGAUUCCUUGUCUGCGAGGACAGACGCUCUGCUUGAGGGAAGUCGAAGUGGACAAGGGGGAGUGCUGAGGAGCAGCAGUGGGGGACCAUUCCAGUGACAGCUUUGCGUCCGGACGCCAGGCGCGUGGGGCGCCGGCCCCGGCGAAUCUCGCCCACCUUCCCGCGGCCGCCGGGCGGGCAAUGCAGCGGCCGAGUCCCGCAGCAUCGAGAAGAAGGAGGGCGCCCCGGAGAGCCUAGAGCUUGUUUCUGCCCACUUGGAGAAGAGAGCAUGGAGUUGUGAGCGCCCCUCGCUCGACGAGGCCGCCCCCGGCAAGCUCCUCAUGGCCGGGACGUACAGCUCCACUCUGAAGACCCUGGAGGACUUGACCUUGGACUCCGGGUAUGGGGCCGGGGACUCGUGCCGCUCGCUCAGCCUCUCGUCCUCCAAGUCCAACUCGCAGGCGCUCAACUCUUCCGCGCAGCAGCACCGCGGGGCGGCCUGGUGGUGCUACUCCGGCUCCAUGAACAGCCGUCACAACAGCUGGGACACGGUGAACACGGUGCUGCCCGAGGACCCCGAAGUGGCCGACCUUUUCUCGCGCUGUCCGCGCCUCCCCGAGCUGGAGGAGUUCCCUUGGACCGAGGGAGACGUGGCCCGGGUGCUUCGCAAAGGCGCCGGCGGCCGGCGGCCGCCCCUGUUCUCCGCGGAGGCGGUGAGGCGCCUGGCCGGGCUUCUCCGAAGGGCGCUCAUCCGGGUGGCCCGCGAGGCGCAGCGCCUGAGCGUGUUGCACUCCAAGUGCACCCGCUUCGAGGUGCAGAGCGCCGUGCGCCUGGUGCACAGCUGGGCGCUGGCCGAGAGCUGUGCGCUGGCCGCGGUCAAGGCGCUGUCCCUGUACAGCAUGAGUGCCGGCGACGGGUUACGCCGGGGCAAAUCGGCGCGCUGCGGCCUCACCUUCUCCGUGGGCCGCUUUUUCCGUUGGAUGGUGGACACCCGCAUCUCCGUGCGCAUCCACGAGUACGCGGCUAUCUCACUCACAGCGUGCAUGGAGAACCUGGUGGAGGAGAUCCGGGCCAGGGUGCUAGCCAGCCACAGCCCCGACGGCGGGGGAGCCGCAGGCGGGGAGGUGUCCGCCGAAGCCCUGGAGAUGGUCAUCAACAACGACGCGGAGCUCUGGGGCGUCCUACAGCCCUACGAGCAUCUCAUCUGCGGCAAGAACGCCAAUGGUGUCCUCUCCCUCCCGGCGUACUUCAGCCCCUACAACGGCGGGGCCCUGGGCCAGGACGAGCGCGCCGACGCCUACGCCCAGCUGGAGCUCCGGACGCUGGAGCAGUCCCUCCUGGCCACCUGCGUGGGGAGCAUCUCGGAGCUGAGCGACCUGGUUUCCCGAGCCAUGCACCACAUGCAGGGUCGCCGCCCCCUGUGUCCCGGCUCCAGCCCCGCCCGCCAGGCCCGCCAGCCGCCACAGCCCAUCACCUGGUCCCCCGAUGCCCUCCACACGCUCUACUACUUCCUGCGGUGUCCACAGAUGGAGUCCAUGGAGAACCCCAACCUGGACCCCCCGAGAAUGGCCCUGAACAACGAGCGGCCCUUCAUGCUGCUGCCACCACUGAUGGAGUGGAUGCGCGUGGCCAUCACCUAUGCAGAACACCGCCGCAGCCUCACCGUGGACAGCGGCGACAUCCGGCAGGCGGCCCGGCUGCUGCUGCCCGGCCUGGACUGCGAGCCCCGGCAGCUCAAACCCGAAUGCUGUUUCAGUUCCUUCCGGAGGCUGGAUGCCCGAGCUGCUACUGAAAAGUUCAACCAGGACCUGGGUUUCCGCAUGCUCAACUGUGGGAGGACGGACCUCAUCAACCAGGCGAUCGAGGCCCUGGGCCCGGACGGGGUUAACACCAUGGACGACCAGGGGAUGACGCCACUGAUGUACGCCUGUGCUGCUGGGGACGAAGCAAUGGUCCAGAUGUUGAUUGAUGCCGGAGCGAACUUGGACAUCCAGGUUCCAAGCAGCUCUCCCAGGCACCCCUCCACGCACCCCGACAGCCGGCACUGGACCGCGCUGACGUUUGCUGUGCUGCACGGACACAUCUCCGUGGUUCAGCUGCUGCUGGAUGCCGGCGCCCACGUGGAGGGCGCGGCGGUGAGCGGCGGGGAGGACAGCUACACGGAGACGCCCCUGCAGCUCGCCUCUGCGGCUGGGAACUACGAGCUGGUCAGCUUGUUGCUGAGCCGAGGCGCUGACCCCCUCCUCAGCAUGCUCGAGGCCAACGGCAUGGCCUCCUCCCUCCAUGAGGACAUGAACUGCUUCAGCCACUCCGCCGCCCACGGCCACAGGAACGUCCUGAGGAAGCUGCUGACGCAGCCGCAGCAGGCCAAAGCGGACGUGCUGUCCCUGGAGGAGAUCCUGGCCGAGGGUGUGGAGGAGAGCGACGCGUCCAGCCAGGGCAGCGGCAGCGAGGGGCCUGUGCGGCUGAGCCGGACCCGCACGAAGGCUCUGCAGGAGGCCAUGUACUACAGCGCGGAACACGGCUACGUGGACAUCACCAUGGAGCUGAGGGCCCUGGGCGUCCCCUGGAAGCUGCACGUCUGGAUCGAGUCCCUGCGGACCUCCUUCUCCCAGUCGCGCUACUCGGUGGUGCAGAGCCUGCUGCGGGACUUCGGCUCCAUCAAGGAGGAGGAGUACAACGAGGAGCUGGUGACCGAGGGCUUGCAGCUCAUGUUCAACAUCCUCAAGACGAGCAAGAACGACUCGGUCAUCCAGCAGCUGGCUGCCAUCUUCACGCACUGCUACGGCAGCAGCCCCAUCCCCAGCAUCCCCGAGAUCCGGAAGACCCUGCCGGCCAGACUAGAUCCUCACUUUUUGAACAACAAGGAGAUGUCAGAUGUGACCUUCCUAGUGGAAGGAAAGCUGUUUUAUGCCCAUAAAGUCCUGCUGGUGACAGCUUCAAACAGGUUCAAGACGCUGAUGACCAAUAAAUCAGAGCAAGAUGGCGACAGCAGCAAAACCAUUGAGAUCAGCGACAUGAAGUACCACAUCUUUCAGAUGAUGAUGCAGUACCUGUACCACGGAGGGACGGAAUCCAUGGACAUCCCUACGGCCGACAUCCUGGAGCUGCUGUCGGCCGCCAGCCUGUUCCAGCUGGACGCCCUGCAGAGGCACUGCGAGAUCCUGUGCUCCCAGGCCCUCAGCGUGGAGAGCGCCGUGAGCACCUACAAGUACGCCAAGAUCCACAACGCCCCGGAACUGGCCCUGUUCUGUGAGGGCUUCUUCCUCAAGCACAUGAAGGCCCUGCUCGAGCAGGACUCCUUCCGGCAGCUCAUCUACAGCCGCAGCAGCAAAGUGCAGGGCCUGGACCCGCUGCAGGACCUGCAGAGCACCCUGGCCGAGCGCGUGCACUCUGUCUACAUCACCUCCCGCGUGUGAGGCGGCGGGGCAGCUGCUGAGCACCCGCCCCUCCGGGCCAGGGCUGUCUCCAGGCACCUCGGGGUGGGAAAGGCUGGGAGCAGGUGCUUCGGGGCGUCUGGACCACUGCGUAGCCAGGGCCCCGCUGGGCAGGGCUGGUUCUAGGACCUCUUGGAGCCAGACACCGGGGCUGUUUCUCCCCCUCCCCAGACAUCCUCUAGGUCAGUCUGUCCUUGGGAGUCAGAUGUGCCCUGAGCCCACCUGUCACUGGGCAGCCCCACCCUCCUCCACCCCUUUUGCCAGAGCAGUUCACUCAACCAGUAAUGGGCAAAGGGUAGCUGUAGGCAAAGGUGGCCCUCCCCUCCUCCACUAUGUGCACCCUGAGAGCCACUGGGUACUCACCCUGUGCGCCCCUCCUCCCCUGAGGUCAGCAGCUGACCCCGACUCUACCCUAAUCAGCUUCCAGUGAUGCUCCCAUUUCCCGGGCCUUCGUGAGCUCAGACUGUCCCAGCUGGGCUCAGGGCACCCUAUGAAAGUGUAGAAUGUAUACUGCCUGGGCCCCAGGCCAUUUCAUUCCAAAGGUAGUGUUUGUCCUCAGUGUCAAAUCUCUGAGCUGACUCUUCCGAGUCGUGCCUUUGAAGGCUUGCCGGGGCCUCCAGGGGCCUGGGGACGCCUGCGCAGUCACUGUGAGUUCCACUGUCUUUGGUAUCUGGGCCUAGAGAGCCUCCUUUGGGGACCACCAACCUGCUCCGUUGGUGGUGAAGGCAGCUCUCCAGGUGGCAGGGGUGCAUGCAGGGGCCUGGCGGCCUCAGCUUUUGUUGCUGUUGGGUUUUGGGGCCAGUGUCAAGGGGUCGAUUCUGAUACCUUAGGCCUCGGGUCAGGCUGCCUCUGUGGGCUGGGGAGCAGGGCACACACUUCUCACGGGGACUUGGGGCUUGGGGAGCUAAGGGACAGGGCAUCGUAGAGGGAAGGGCUGGGGAACAGGCAACAUCUGCAGGCUCCAGGCUCCACUGGGGUGGAGACAGCGUCAGGCCUGAACACUGGUCAUAUCUAUGGACCAGACACGGGGGGCGUUCCGGACAGCUGACUCUGGGUGUAGCCUUCCUGAGCUGUCUGGCUGCACCUUAGAAACUAUUUAUUCACCAAAAGUCCUGGGCACCUCAGGUGGUGUCACUUUGGUCACCUUGAAAAGCCCCUGGGGGCUUGCAAUCCUGGAAAAUAUUUUCAACUGGCUGCUUGAGCUGGAUGUACAAAGGAAGAGGUGUUAUUUUAUUGCUGUAAUAUUGUAUGAUACUGUAACUAUACAUUAAUGUCACUUAUUGUAAAUGUACUAUGGUUUUAUUAACAAUAA